AUAUACAUACAUAGAUAUAUCCACACAGUUGCGUUUUUGCAUUUAUUGUAUUUUUUUUCCGAAGGAGUUAAAGCUCCUUUGAACCUGAACAUGGUUUAUCCCAGUGAAGCAUGAAGGCUGUGUUUUACAAACACAUUAUAUCUGUGCACAAUGUGUAAUUUGUGCAGAUGACAGAUAAUGCAGUAUAAGACCACCGCCGCUCCUCACUUAAUUAAGAAAGUGUUUUUAGUACCUGUCGUGGGACAUUUAUCUUAAACCUGUACCAAUAUGUUUGGCAUGCAGAUUUUGGCUAUGGUAUUAUGCGUUUCUGGUAUUGGAGCUAUCGUUGUGGCAAUAACCUCAAAUGAGUGGAAAGUGACCACCAGAGCCAGUUCUGUUAUUACUGCUACUUGGGUUUUUCAAGGUCUUUGGAUGAAUUGUGCGGGGAAUGCUCUGGGCUCCUAUCAUUGCCGACCUCAUUUAACAAUCUUCAGGGUAGAAGGAUUUUUGCAGGCCUGCAGAGCACUUAUGAUUUCUGCUGUAGUCAUUGGAUUUUUUGGGACUGUACUUGGAUUUCUUGGCAUGAAAUGUACUAAGAUUGGUGGAAGUGACCAGAUGAAAUCUAAGAUGGCUUGUGCCGCCGGGAUACUCUUCAUAUUGUCAGGUCUAUGCACUUUAUCGGGCUGCUCGCUCUACGCACAUAAAACAACAACUGAAUUCUUUGAUCCAAGUUUUGUAUCACAGAAGUAUGAGUUAGGAACAGCAUUAUUUGUUGGAUGGUCUGGGGCAGCUGUUUGCUUGCUUGGUGGCUGUAUCUUUUGCUGCUCCUUUGCUGCUGAAUGCAAUCGUUCAAGACCAGGAUAUUCACAUGCUAAAGCGAGAUCACUUAUGAGUUUGCGAUCAAGAGAACCUAAAGCAGAAAGAGACCCAAUGGCUCAGGGAUUCUCAAAGGACUUUAAGACCAAUUCAUAUGUUUGAAGUGUUUGCAUAUAACAACUUCCUCUGACACUGCCAUACCAAACAAACCAAUAACAUGAUUCUAAAGCAUUAGUGUAUAGUAUAGAGGAAACGAGUAUUUUUUAUUGAACUGAAAAUUCUUGGACUGAUGAAUGCCAUAUGCAGGUAAUUACUAUCUAGAUUUUUAAUCAUACACAUGUCAAAUCACUUAUUCAUAAAUAAAACCACAUAUUUUGUAUGUGCAUACAGUUAGCAUGAGCUAAAUAACCAGGGCAUGUACUAAAAAGGUGGUCUGCCUAUUCUUUAUAUUAAAGAUAAAGCAUAUGUUCUUUA